UGCGCUUUAUUAUGUCACAUUGAAAUUCGGAAUCGCGCGGACGAACAGUUUAUUUAUUCACUUUUAUUAUUUAUGACACCGUCUCCUCAUGCACAGUUCGGCUUUACGAAUUUUCAAACGGUACGCGUUUCGUGAACCGAAGUUACUAAACGUUGCAAUCGAGGCGAAGACUCAUUACAUAAGUUCGUUGUUUGCCAGAAACAAAGCUCAAAUAGCGAUGUUGGACGAUGAGAAGUUGAGGGAUCUGAAUCUCUCUGUACAGCAAGAAAUUAAUAUGUUAUCUUUAUUGCACACUAUGGCUCCUGGGUUUCCAGUGAAUGGCUUCAAGAUCACUAUAAUCCACAAGCCACAGGUAUUUUACGACACUCUACUAGAAAAAUGUAGGAAUGCCAAAAGAAGGAUCACACUUGCCUCACUGUACUUGGGCACUGGUGCAUUAGAGACUGAAUUAGUAAACGUGAUGCAACAAGCGAUGAGCGCGAGCGGCGGCAAUGUGCAAGUUCGGAUCUUGCUGGAUUAUAUGAGAGGUUCCCGGGGCAGGCAGAACUCCCGCAAGAUGUUGGAGCCGUUGCUGAAGGGUAAACACGGCGACCGCUGCAAAGUCUUUCUUUAUCACACGCCGAAACUGCGCGGUAUCAUGAAAGCGGCGAUUCCUGAUCGGUUCAACGAGCUCAUCGGCCUGCAGCAUAUGAAACUGUACAUGAUCGACGACGAUCUUAUCAUUAGCGGAGCGAACCUUAGCAACGAUUACUUCACGAAUCGGCAAGACCGAUACUUCGUCAUCGAAGAUUGCGGGGAGCUAUGCGACUUUUAUCACAAACUGGUCGAGAAGGUGAUGGAAUUCAGCUUUCUGUUGCAACCGAAUGGCGACACAAGUUCGAAUAUCGCCGCAAACUGCCAUCCCUAUAAGGGGUCUCGGAAAAUCUUCACCAAAGAAGCCGCGUCCAGAAUACAAACGGUUUUCCAGAAGGAGAUAGAGAAACGUGCUAAUCUCGACAAAACUGAUGCAGACACUUGGAUAUUUCCAUUGGUGCAAAUGGGUCAGCUGAACAUCUGUCAUGACAGCGAGGUGACGUUGAAGCUUUUGCAAACCGCUUCGGCCGGCGCCACGCUCAAACUGGCGACUGGUUACUUCAACCUGACUUCCGACUACAGUCAGGCUGUACUCAGAGAUUGCCGAGCGACGUGUCAUCUUUUAACGGCGCAUCCCACUGCCAAUGGCUUCUUUAACGCCAAGGGAAUGGCCGGAGGAAUUCCAGCGGCGUACACCAGGAUAGAAGAAUCCUUCUAUGAUCUAUGCGAGAGGAUGAAUCAACAGAGAAGGGUGACAUUGUGGGAGUUUGUGAAGCCGGGAUGGACGUACCAUGCGAAGGGCCUGUGGUAUACUUUGCCUGGUCAACGACGACCAUCAUUGACUCUCAUAGGCUCACCGAAUUUCGGUUAUAGAUCGGUGAACAGGGACUUGGAGACACAAGUCGCCGUAGUGACGAAGAACGAGAAACUGCAAGACGCGUUGUACGAGGAGCAGGCGCGACUGUUCUCCUGCGCCAAACCCGUGACGAGAAAGACUUUUUCGCAGCAAGAUAGAGUACCGCCGGCCUGGGUGUGCGCAAUCGUACUCUUCUUCCGUUACUACUUCUGAAGUCGGAACGUCUUCGC